AAAAGUGUUGUUGUUUCAUUGCCCCGCGGAUCACGGAGGGCUUGAAAAUCCCAGUUAACGCUAGUAGCCACCAUCUGGCUAAGUUCUACAGCGCGAGCGCAGCUAACGUUCGGCUAACGUUUAACGUGCCAAAAUGGAACGUUGUGUGUCUGCGUGGGCUUUUGGUAAUAGUUGUGUGCCACGUGCGUUGCCACACUUUCUCGUCGCGAGCUUAGAAUUCUUUUUUUUUUUUUCAAAAUCAGCCGUUAUUUUACCGUUUUUUAAAAAUUUUAAAUAUUUUUAUUUGCGGAUACGAGAGAGAGAGAGAGAGGAGGCGAACAGGAGUGAGCUAAGUGCAUGAUGAACCCGCUGUGCUGUAGCUGUCACAGCUAGUCAGGUGCCGCACCAUGGCCAAACCUGGGAGCGACAGAGAUGGAGCCAUGGUGGAUAAGCAGGCGGGGAAGAAGAGCAAAGACAAGUUGUCCCCUUUCACCAAAACUCCGAAGCUGGACCGGAGUGAGUUGCUGGGGAAGGAAGGGAAAGCCAAGUCUUCCAUGAAGCGCAAGCUCUCCUUCACUGCCAGUCCGCUCCGGACCGAGGAGCGAGACUCCGACACCGAUGACUCAGACCCAGGCCAGUCGAGUGAGACCUGGGGAGAGAGAUUAGUGCCUCCCUGCAGGAUAUACGCAGAUAAAGAUGGACCGGACAAGAAGAAGGUGAAAAAGGAGGCUGGGGGCAAGAAGUCCCAGGCCAACCUUUUGUUUGGGUAUCCUCUGUCAGAGCGCAAACAGAUGGCUCUCCUGAUGCAGAUGACUGCCAACAGUCCAGACUCCACUCCCAGUCACCCCUCACAAACGACCCCUGUGCAGAAGAAGGUCCCCAGCAGCGCCUCGUCUCGACAGAAGGACAAGGUCAACAAGAGGAACGAGCGAGGGGAGACCCCCCUUCACAUGGCUGCCAUCCGGGGAGACGCCAAGCAAGUUAAAGAGCUCAUUAGCCUGGGAGCUGAUGUCAACGUCAAAGACUUUGCAGGUUGGACUCCUCUUCAUGAAGCCUGUAAUCUCGGCUACUACGAUGUGGCCAAGGUGUUAAUAGCAGCAGGCGCAGAGGUGAACACGCAAGGUCUGGAUGAUGACACGCCGCUCCAUGACGCCUCGAGCAGCGGGCAUAAAGACAUUGUGAAACUGCUGCUUCGCCACGGUGGAAACGCUUUCCAGGCCAACAAGCGUGGUGAACGCCCGGUGGACGUGGCCGACUCGCAAGAGCUGGAACAGCUAUUAAAGGGCGAGGUGCCACUGUCGGACCAAGACGACAGCUCGUCAGAGUCUGAAGACCCGCCAUCUGUUAAUCCAUCCAGUGUGGAUGACAACAUGGAAGACUCUGAUACUGAAAAGGACUCAGACGGCAAACCAGCCACAAAAGCGUCGUCUUCCGUGCCAGGGCUGGAUGAGUACGAGUUCAAGGACGAGGAGGAGGAGGAGGAUCUCAGUAAAGCCCUUAACGACAGACACAUCCUCCGGAGGGAACUACGGCAGCGGGAGAAAGAGGAAAAAGAGCGAAAUCAUGUGGCAGGAAAGCAGAGUGGCAAAGGGGAUUCGUCCUCAAAGUCAAAAAAGCAGAAGACAUCUCGCGUGCACUGCAGCUCGGACACCUCCAGCGACGAAAUGGAGAGCCUCCCGGAGAAAAGGAACUCGCCCACCUGCUCUCAGAGCUCGGAGAGCGUCAAGGUGGACACAAGGUCUAAAAAGGAGAACGCCGAGCAAAAGGACAAGGACAAGGGCAAAGUGAAGAGGAAGAGCAAAAGCCAGAAUAAAAACAAGGAGAACCAAGAGGACGGGAAGGAGAACAGCAAAACGCUGGUCCUCUCUCUCGCAACCGUGUCCGAGAGCACGGAAAAGGGUCGUGAGGAGGACUCCUUCAAGAUGUCCUUCAGUCCUAAAGACGACUCAUCCGUCCACCUCUUCCAUUUGUCGUCCAUAAAGUCUCCGAAACUGAACCACAGCCUGACAGAUAAACAAACGCCACUCAAGCAGGAAAAUACUAAGAUGUGCAUAUCCAUCAGCGACAGCUCAUGUCCGGUGGACGGUGUCAAAUACAACCACUACACAGACGCAGACUACUGCACUGAAGGCUCGAGCACCAAGGGCUGCAAGCACAAGGAAAAGAGCAAACACCAACAGAAAGACUCCAGUGUGGACGGUGACGACGGCCGCACGAGUCCUUACAAAGACGGCAGCAUAGGAAACAGUAUAGACAGCGCUGAAGGUGCCUUACGGAAGACCGACUUAGACGGCAAAGUAGUAAAGAAGCAUAAGCUUAAACACAAGGAGAAAGACAAACACAGGAGGGAGUACGAGGCAGAGCGAAGCCGCCACAGGCAGAAGGAGGCCAGGAAAGACAGCCACAGGAAUUUGGAGUUUGACAGAGAGUUCUGGAAAGAAAAUUUUUUCAAGAGUGAUGAGACCGAUGAGUCUCUUCCAGCGAAGAAGGAAGGUGAAGACAAUAGCUCGCUUCAGAAGACCUCCGAUUCGUCUCCUGUCAAAGAUGAGAGAAACACGAAGGAGAAACACACGAGCAGCAAAGAAAAGAGGCAGAGAGAGGAGCGAGAGAAAGACAAGGCUGUGAAGAAGGAGCGGAAGGAGGCCUCCGGUAAAGACGAGAAGGUAAAGGAUUCAAAGCCGAGCGAGCGUGACGAGAGAGCUGACUGCCACGGCUCAGGGCGGAUUCCUGAGGAGACGCUGCAGAGCAGCAACAGCAUGAAAGAGGAGACCGAGGAGAAACCCGUGAGCGCGAUCACAGCUGAUCAAGAACAGCUGGAGCCCUCUGAAAGGAGCUCACGCGAGAAAACCGACAAGAGGCUCCCAGGAAAGGAGAAGGACUCAGAAAAAAUGGAGAAAAGGCAUCCCGACAAGGAGAAAAGGGUUAAAACGGAGCACUCUGACAAAGCCGAACCGCAGAACUCGGUGGAUCGUUGGAAGGAAAAAGAAAGAGCGGCAGCAAUUUCUUCCCACUCGCCUGGAGAUAAAAACUACAAGGAGAAUGAAAAACUGAAAUCUUUAUCCACAACAAAAAAGCACGAGGACAGCAGGAAAAAUAAAGAUAAGGCCGACAAACGGUCUGAUAGAGAGAGGCAGGACAGAGAGUAUAGUGUUGGGGAUCACAGAGAAAAGGAGCGAACAAACUCUGAUAAGAAAGGAAAACCUCUGGAGAAGACCACGGAUCAUAGUAAAUCUGAUCGCUCUAAAGAAAAGGACUGCGACAGGAAAAAGAGAGAUAAAAUAAAAGAUGGGACUUCCUCGAGCUCCAAUCUCAAGCUGCUGUUAGAAGAGAAGAAGAGCUAUCUGUCAGAGAGUGGCAAGUCUUUAUCGACAAAAUUAAAGGAGGAAGUUGUGAGGACACCAGAGAAGGAUCGGGACCGGAGAGACCGGGACAGAGACUCAGAUAAACACAAGGACAAAGAUAAAGACCGGCACAAAGACCGCUCCCAGCAGGCCAAAAUCAGCAAGGCCAAACCCAACGAGGCAGACGGCGACAAGGCCAAAUCUAAAGCCUCGCCGGCGACACGAGACGCCAAGCCCAAAGAGAAGAGGCUUGUGAACGACGACUUGAUGCAGACGAGCUUUGAGCGCAUGCUCAGCCUGAAGGACCAGGAGAUCGAGCAGUGGCAUCGCAAACACUUGGAGAAAAUCAAACAAAAAGAGCGAGAGAGGCUCAAACAGCGGCCUCUGGCAGAUCCGGGGAAGUCCAAACCUAAAGACCGAACAAAGACAGAACCGUGCUUAAGCAAAGAGCUCAUGCGCUCCAAAAGCUCUGAAGUGUCUGAUGCCCACAGCCGAGAUAAACCCCUGAAGGACGGCACCAGCUCCAGGACGAUGUCUCUAGAUGGAAAGAGUCUGCCCUCCAUCAGCGCAAAGGUCAUGUCGGCGGUGGAAAACUGCCUGACCAGAUCACCCAGACCUGAGAGCGAGCGCUGUGGCCUCAUGUCCAGGUCUGUGUCCUUGGUUUCUGUCGCUAGCUCGGAGGAUUCGUGUCAGGCGACGACGUUAACGCCGAGACAUGUCGAGUACGACUCCGACAUGAACCUGGAAACCUCCGACUCUCAGCCUGCAUUCCUCCAGUCUUCCCUCGUCAUUCAAGCCACCAGAUCGCCGUCCGUUCACGAUAAAGAUUGCAACAGUCUUCCAGAUGUGCCGCAGAGUAAUCGGACGCUGCUGUCCGGCAGGCAUGAGUCGCCGUACCUCAGGGCUAUUCUGGACGAGGACGCCAACUCGUCGACUCACGACAGCAAAGCUGUUGAAAGUCUGCCAAAGUCCAGCCAGCCUGCUGAGGAGCAGAGAACAAGAGAGACCUCGACAGAUGUUGAGGAGAGUCAACAAUGUACGAACUCACUCGCCGAUUCAGUCGCAGAAAGAGAAGGCAGCGCUCCUGGUGUUUCAACACCACAAAUGUUAAACAAAGACCCAGAGAGUAAAAACAUGACACUUACAGAGUGUAGUAACUCUCAACAGGUGUCCACAGAGCAGAAAACUCUGUCCUCCUCCGAUCCUCCUGUUGUGACGGACGUCCAGAGUCUGACAGACAAUUCACAGGGCGAAUGUACCAACAAGGAUCCCGAUCAGCCGUCGAUACCGACAGCGUGUCCAUCUGCAGAGACGUCGGCGCUCGCAAACACAAAAUCCUUCCAGCAAAGAGACCCGGUCGCUGUUCCUGGGAUGGAGAGCGUGCAGCAGACAGAGUCGAAUACCGCAGACCAUAAAGACAAACCUCUGGAGAGCGCAGACAGAGCGGAACAAGAGAAUAUGGAAACAGUUUCGGAAAGCUUCAGAGCCGAGGGCGUAGGAAGUCCCGUACCAUCCACCAGUUCGCACAUUCCCAGCUCCACCACAGCGGAGUCCUGUCCAGGUUUUAGCAAAACGAGCCCGGAGUCCGAGUGUUCUCAAGAGACUGUCGAUGUAAAUAACCAAGACUGUAAGAAAUCAAGACCUUCCGGUGACACUACAGGUUCAAGUCUCGAUGCUCAGGUGGAGAAAAAGGAAGGUGUGUCCUCGGCGUCGUCCUGUAGUGCGAGCCCUGAACACAAGGCGGAAGAGAUGACCGAUGUCCAGCAGAGCUCAGAGAACAACGGUGGCGUUGCUCCAACAGAGAGUUCAUCAGUCGAGGGCAGUCUGCCUACAGAGAGCUUGUCUGAGUCUAAAGCCGAGGCCAGCUCCGAGCCGAUGGAGGUGACGCCCGCCGAUGAGAAACCAGAGUCCUCUUCAUCUGGAGAAGAACAGAGUCAAAGCACCAUCCAGUCGGCGGCUCAGACGGACUCCUGCAGCAGCAGCAGCAGCAGCAGCUACACCACGUCGGGGAGCUCCUCUCCGCAAUCUGGAGACCGCGACUCAGAUUCAUCGGGGGCUAAAGUCAAAGUCCGCUCUACGGACGAGGACAUGGACAUUCAUGUGCCGCAUCCACGCAAGAGAAAGAUGCCCAAAGUGUCUACCUCCCAGUCAUGCUCCGCGACUCAGCACGAGAAGGAGCGAGGCCAGCAGUCUCUGGCUGCCAUCGUGGACUCUGUGAAACUGGAGGAGAUCCAGCCCUACCAGACGGAGAGGGCCAACCCUUACUACGAGUUCCUGCACAUCCGGAAGAAGAUCGAGGAGAAGCGCAAAGUGUUGUGCAGCGUCACCCCUCAGCCACCGCAGUAUUACGACGAAUAUGUGACCUUCAACGGAUCCUACCUCUUAGAUGGGAACCCGCUCAGCAAGCUUUGUAUACCAACGAUAACUCCACCUCCAUCGUUACCUGAGCAGCUGAAGGAGAUGUUCAAACAACAAGAGGUCGUCCGUAUGAAACUACGACUGCAGCACAGCAUUGAAAGGGAAAAGCUGAUUGUCUCUAAUGAGCAGGAAGUCUUACGAGUACAUUACCGGGCAGCGAGAACACUGGCCAACCAGACUCUGCCCUUCAGUGCCUGUACAGUUUUAUUGGAUGCUGAAGUGUACAACAUGCCUCAAGACGUCCAGAACGAUGACGGCAAAACGUCCGUGAGAGACCGGUUUAACGCCCGGCAGUUCAUGUCCUGGUUACAAGACGUCGAUGACAAGUUUGAUAAACUGAAGACGUGUCUUCUGAUGAGGCAGCAGCACGAGGCGGCGGCCCUGAACGCCGUGCAGCGUCUGGAGUGGCAACUGAAGCUGCAGGAGCUCGACCCGGCCACCUACAAGUCCACCAGUAUCUUCGAGAUCCCCGAGUUCUACAUCCCGCUCGUGGAGGUCAACGACGACUUUGACCUCACCCCGAUAUGAGCUGCGGGACAGACUCUGUGCUUUUGCCACAGCAGGCGGCCGUAUCGCGGACACGAAGAAGAAGAAGAAACGAGGCCCCCUCUCCUUUACCCCCCCGCGCAUUCGAGGAGAAAGAAACGUGAAGCACUUAAGAAUGUGGCGGCAACACGAAAAAAAGAGCACUUAAAGAAAGAAAGAUUUCACUCCUGAGCUCUUGCAGUCCAAACCGGCCGCGCCCGCCACGAGGACGGGGGAGAGAACCGAGGCCGAGCGGUCCAGGCCACAGGCGAAGGCCCCCUCGGAGAGCAGAGACCAAGAGCCGGCGGUGGGUUGCGUGGACGACAAGCCACCGCCGGCUCGCUGCUCCUCACCAAGCAGGGUCACGCAACCGAAAAGAUUUCAAAUUGUUUUCACAAAGUUCGUGUUCAUACAUUGUGUACAGACUGUGCUCUUAAUUUUUUUAACUUAUUUUAUACAUAAAACAAUUUGUGCAUUUGUAAAUAGUCAUGUAAUUAUUGUUUUAAAACCUGUAAAAACAAAAAAUAAUAGAUAUUUUGAUUGUAAACUCGUUCCGUCUCAUGUUUUAAUGGACCAAAGUUGGUUUUUAUAUCGAGUGUCCUCUUCGUCAACGUGAUGUUCUUCUUCUUGUUGUUGUUGGCUUAAAAUCUUUAAGCAUGUGUUGGCUUUUUGUUUUUGUUUUUACUGUUUCUUCCUCCUCCUCCACCUCCCUCCUCAUCUGGAGCUCCACGCCACAGCUGGUGUUUUUUGACUUUGGCAAUUAAAUGCUGUGCAUGCGUUGCGUUGUUUGUACUUUUUUCCUAAAAAGCUGUACUGUGGACUUAAAUUGUGAGGUUUACUGAAGUGUUCCACCUUUUUUCUUUCUUUCUUUUCUUUUUGUUGUUUUUCUUUCUUUGGCGCCGACGUGUUCUGUCCUUUUCUCGCGGCCUCCACUCCUCGUGUGUUGUCCAUCGUGUCUCGCGCACAUUAAAGUCUGUUGUGGCUUCCAAGGAGAGAAAAAAAACAAGAAAAAAAAAACAAACAAAACGACAACUUACUUUUACAAUUUCAAUGUGAGAUCACAGCAAAACCUAUUUUUUCAACAUAAUGCCUUUUUGAACGAUAGUUCUAAAAAAAUGUCUAUUUUAAUAUUUACUUGUUACAUGACUUGUACAUAUUUGUAAUAUAUAAUUGAAUAAAUUUUAUUUGUUGUGAAAUUAAA